AUGGCGGAAUCUGCUAUGCAUGAUGAUGGGCUCUCCCCCACCUCGAAGAAGAUACUCAAGGAGUGUACUGUUGAGCUGCCUGCCGCUGCUGCCAAAGACAGCUGUGUCUCCUUUGUUGCUAGGCCACCUAGCUCUGGGGGGCAGGGCGCUGGUUUCCAUUUUGCGAGGCCUACGCUCCCAAGGAGGGCCUUCACUUCACACCCGCAGUCUAGGUCCUCUCGGGCUACCAGUGAGGAGGAUAAAGCUGUAUCUCAAGGGGUAGAUGACGAAAUAGCACUGCCGCAAAAUACAAAACUACAGGAUGGGUUGGUCACCGUAGUGGAUGUCAACCCAGUAAGCAGAGCGGAGACCAAAUCUCCUGAGCGGGCUAGAACUGCAUCCCCUUCAUUAGAAAGGAUUACACCCCCCAAAUCAGCCUUAGAAAUAGUGCAACAUCCUCAAGACAUACCACAGCCAAAUUUAUCCAAGAACACAGAAGGAGUUGUUCCUAUUAAUAUCCAACAAGCUACCGAAGAUGAAUUAUUCAAACUGCUAAUACAAAAGUUGAAGAGGCGGGAAGAGGCUGAGAUAGCUGCUUCAAAGCUGAGAGAUGAGUUAAAAGCAAGCCUGCAUACUGCAGAUGAGAACAACAAGCAGCUUACAGCUCGGCUAAGCGAGUUAGAGCGUCAGUACAAAGAGCAGCAAAAGGAGAAAACUGCUCAAAGGCAGUCUGUUGAGCGAUGGAAAUUUAAAUUCGGAAAGAUAAGGGGUCUCAUGGCUGGGAUUGCAGACCACCAGGAGAGACUUCUCAAGGAGUAUCAGGCCAUUCGAAAAGAACAAGUUUCACUGAACGUGGAGAAGGACCAGAUGCAUGAUAAUCUAAACUAUCUCACCGAAAGUAGCAAAGGUUUGGGAAAGAAUAUCAGCCGGUAUAAGGCUCAACUCACUGGAAUUAUUCACCAGUUUACUGCCGAGGAAGAAGCACUCAAAUCGCUCUUGAAAUCAAAAGAGUCCCAAUUCAAGGAUAUAGAGAAGCUACUGGCCGAGAAGAACCAAGCUGUUGAGGAAGCAAAGGUCCUCGCUCGCAAUAUUGAGUGUGAUAAAUCAACCCUCGAGCAAAACUCCAGGGAGGCAGAGAAGAGGAUACGAGAGGAACUUUCUAGGGCAAGCUUGAUGUCGAAAGACCAAGAACGUGCUCGGUUUGAACAAGAAAGGCAUAUACUUACUAGAGAAAAGCAGCAGGCUGAAGCGGAUGCAGCAAAGGGAAAAGGGGAGCUCGAGACUGCAAAGUUAGCGUUGGCAGAAAAUAAAUCAAAAAACGCGGAGCUACAGGCUACGGUUGUUACAUAUCAACAAAGGAUUAAAGAUGUUGAAGAGGAGUGUGAGGCUAUCUUAAUUGCUCAUGAACAAGCGCUUUCUGCGCUUAAGCAGCAGCAAACUUCACAAGUGGGUGAGAAAGAGAACAUGCAACAGAAACUUCAAGCUCUGCAAGAUGAGUAUUCGAUAUUGAAGCAAGAAAAUUCAACUUUAAAGCUCACCAACAUGGCCAUUAGUGGAGAACACGUAGCUCUAAAGCAGGAGACUGCUAUUUUACAACAGACUAAUACAGCUAACCAAGAAGAAAAUGCAUCUCUACAGCAAAGGCUCGCAGAUACCAAAGUCCAGAUGGAUGUCCUCGAGAAAGAGAAUUCAGACAUCCGAACAGAGAAAGCGGUGCAAGAGAAAGAAGUUACAGAACUCAAAGCCUCCAAGGCUACUAUUGAGGCAGAAAAAACAAUUGCCCAAGCAGAAAAUACUGUCUUGAAACAGGAAAUCUCUGACGCCAAAGUUGAAAAUGCUGCGCUCAAGGCUGAAAAUGCAGUUCUUUCAGAGCGCUAUGAUAGGUCUGCCAGUGAUAAGCCAGGGCCCACACUCGAUAGUGCUCAACCUGUUACCAAUCCUAAUAGUUUUAAUGAUGCUUGCAUCAAAAAUGAAGAUGCUUCAGCUUCGUCGAAAGGGAUUCUCAAAGAAAACCAGCCAACGGCAUCACCGUCCUCCAAGCGCACAACAACACACUUCCAAACUCCUUCCAGGGAUAAGAAAAAGAAACGGUCGACAAUUAUAUCCACUGCUCCAAGACGUCAAUCUCGUAUCUCAUCUAGAUUCUUUGACCCUCAGCCAACUCCAAGUCCUUCGCUAUCUGUGAUCACGAGUCAGCAAGGCAGCACCACCUGGACGGUCAAUCAGUCCGUGGAUACUUUCAUGUCACAAUCGAGCGUUCACAGAAGAAAGAGACGCAGAGAGGAAACAUUCAACAAUAGGUUUGGUCAUAAAUACGCUUUCCACUGA